AUUUAUAGCGGGAUAUUUAAAAAUGGCGGAAGAAGGCGGAUCAAUGGGCGGGGAAGGCAUGGGUCUAGAAGGGCGUAUCGAAGAAGUCGUUUUGCAAAAGGCGCAGGAGUGAAGUGACAGUCGCAGAUAGCUCUUCUGUUUUUACAGCCUUUGCCAAUUUUGUGACAAUGUGACAUGUUUAUUUUCGAGACUCCAGUGUGGAUUUAUUUGUGUCUUGUGAUCUUCCCUAAUCUCCCAAACGGUUCAGAUGUCAACACACUGGAGGUCCAGUUCACAGUGUUCCGUGCUCCGAACAACAAGCUGCAGUUCCAGCAAACAUCUCUGUUCAACGGACACGUGAUAUUUACCUGCAACAGCCAAACACUGGCAGACCAACCAAGACAGGACUGGGUUACACACACAUUCACCCAAGAGGAACUGCAGGAGAGACACAAGGAGUGUGAGGGUCGGCGUGAUGAGCACUUUGCUUUGUUUGAGAUGAUGAAGACUAUCACUGUCUCAGUAGAGGUUCUUCAGAGACGUCGUGGUUGUAUAAUCAGCAGCUCAGGAGUAUUUGCUUUUGAUGAGUGGGCUGUCAAUGGAGAGGACUUCUUGACCUUUGGACACCAGACGCGUGAAUGGACUCCUCUGUCUGUCCUGGCAACCCCUGUGGCUGUAGAAUGGAACAAGCAGGACAUCAGGAAUCAUGUGUUUUGGAACUAUUUACACCAAGUCUGUCCAAACGCCCAUGAUACCUUGAAGUUGAAGAGAGCAACAUGGAUCAAUGAAUCUGCACAAACAGGUAAUUUCUAGAGCUCUGCAGAAUUAUGUAAAGAAGAUGAGGCCGUAGGAGUAGUAUUCUUCUGUCAUAUAUAGGGAUGGGUAUCGUUUGGGUUUUUCCGAUACCGGUGCCUAAACGGUGCCACAAAACGAUGAUUGACGACAUUGAAGAAUGGCUUUUUUUAUUGCCAAGGCAAAUAUGUUCCUUCAAAUUGAACAAUAUAUU